AUGGCCGGUGCUUCAACCGCGGCCACUGUGUCGAUCUUCUUCCUCGUUGUCCUCACGGCUUCCCACGUUGCAUCCUCCCUUCGCCCCAGCCUCGGCGUCUGCCACGCCAGUGGCUAUCUCCCGGGAAAAGCAGGGAACUGCGAGAGGAGCAAUGACCCAGACUGCUGCGAAGAUGGCAAAAGGUACCCACAAUACCAUUGCUCGCCACCGGUGACCGCGUCCACGAAGGCCGUCCUCACACUCAACAGCUUCGAGAAGGGCAAAGACGGUGGUGGCCCGUCGGAGUGCGAUAAGGCCUACCACAGUGACAAGGAAAUGGUCGUCGCGCUCUCCACGGGUUGGUUCAAGAAGAUGGUUCGUUGCGGCCACAAAAUCAAGAUCACCGCCAACGACAAGUCCGUGUAUGCUAAGGUGGUGGACGAGUGUGACUCCGUUUAUGGUUGCGAUGGCGAGCAUAACUACGAGCCGCCUUGUGACAACAACAUCGUUGACGCAUCACCAGCAGUGUGGAACGCCCUCGGUCUAGAUCAGAAUGUUGGCAUGGAGGAUAUCACUUGGUCGGAAGAGUAAAUCGCGGUGUCAUUGUGUAUUACUAUUUGAUUGCAUAUGAUUGAUACAUGUACCCCGGUAGUACAAUAUGUAUAUGUGGCA